AUGCAGAACUUCACCGAACUUAGCAUCGUGCCGCCACCCGCCCAGGCCUUCAUGGCGUCACAGCCUCAGAGCGGUGUCCCUCCCACCAGCGCGGUUCAACCGAACAACGCCGUCCCACUGGCUCUUGCACUCACCCCCAACAGCGUCCCUCCGCCUUCGGGUCCCGCUCCGCCGUACAGCGCGACCCCCUCAAGCGCAAUGCCUCGGAGUGGUGUGCCGCCGUCCAUUCUGAUCGGGCGGCUUGAGGGUCAAGUGACAGCUCCUCGGGGCGAGAACGCAGUGCUCAAAGCCAACCUCGCUGCCUGGCAGGCCGCGAACCGGAAGCUGAAGGAUAGCGUGCUCGCUCUCAGUCAGCAGCAGAUCGAGCACUGGCGCAGUAUGGGGGCCAUGGAUGUGCAGAGGGCAAGGGGUCGCGAGCAGCUUGCAGCUGCGAUGAAGACACUCGAGACAUGGUCCGAGGACAUGCUAGCCACGUACGACACUCCGAUCGAGUGCAGCGCGCCGGGUAGUAAGAAGGAGGCCCAGAAGCGUGAGCAGCGGAUCGACCUCUUCAACGAGCUCAAGGACGCGGUGGAUGAACUUGCCCGGAUUGCGGAGGAGAGCUUGCGGCCUCUGCCCCCCGCGACGGGCCGUCUUGUGUAA